UGAUACAUAAAAUGCAUCAGAUUACCAAUAUCUCCAUAAUAAGCUGAAGAUUUUACAUAGCCUAAUUCUAUGAUGAUUCAACAAAUUGGUAAGACAUGGAUAUAAAAAAAGACAAACUCAAUUAAAAACUCAUAGAUAAUAAAGCUUAAAUAGAAUCAUAUAGUUGUGAAUUUUGGUAUAAAAAUGCUGUUUUAUUACCUGAAAUGGAAUAUGAUUAUAGAGGAUUAGUUAGAUUAAUUAUUAAUGAUCCAGAUAUUUGUUCAGAUAAAAAAUGUAUUGGAGAUUGCACUCUAGAUAUUUUACAAAAAUUAAUUAAUUGUUAAUUAGUACAUAUCCCAUAAAAGAUUCUUCUUUCGAUCCAGUUUCUCACAAAUUUAAUUAAAAAAAAAAUUUUUGGACAUUUUUUUCUUUAGAUAUGAGAAGGUCCUAUUAGAGCAUAUAUAUAUUUUAACCUGAA